AUGAAUCAAGCCCUCAUAGACAUCGGCAUGGGUCCGUUUCAGUGGAAGGUGUUCGCCAUGACGGGCUUCGGCUGCGCCCCGGUCCGCAACGAGUUCGCCGUCAAACGGAUCGCCUUUCUCACAGUGGCCAAGUACGUCGGCCUGGUCAUCGGCUCGACAGCCUGGCCCAUGACGGCGGACUACAUCGGACGCAAGCUCGCCUUCAACGUGACCCUCCUCAUCCCUGCUGUCUCAGGUCUAGUUGGCGCAGGGGCGCCGAAUUUUGUCGCAAUCGCCACUUUCUGCGCAUUCAUUGGCUUGGGCACCGGCGGUAACCAGCCUGUCGACAGCGCCAUCUUCCUCGAGUUCAUCCCCGCUACACACCAGUACCUCUUGACCAUGCAGUCGGCGUUCUGGUCUUUUGGUCAGGCUAUUGCGGCCCUGAUUGCCUGGCCUCUCAUCGCCAACUUCUCCUGUCCUUCUGGUCUGCCGGCAGGGGAGUGUCGGUACGAGGAUAACCUCGGAUGGCGAUACACAUACUGGGCCUUUGGCGGUCUGACCCUCAUCAUGUUCCUGCUCCGACUGCUUUUCAGAGUUUACGAGACGCCCAAGUACCUUCUCGGAAGGGGGUUGGAUCGGGAGGCCGUCGAGGUUGUCCAAAAGAUUGCCGCGAGGAACGGCGGCUCGACUUGGAUUACCCUCGAGCACUUCGAAGCUGUCGAUGCCGAGUUGGGCGUCACUCAUGACGCGACCGCGGCAAGUUUGCCGCGGUUGGAAACUCGCAAUGUCAUGCGCCGGCAGCUCGAGAACUUCAAACCCGAGAAGAUCCUCACGCUAUUCUCUACCCCACGGUUUGCGCUCUCGACGACGCUCGUGCUUUUUCUCUGGUGCUCGAUCGGGAUGGCCUUUCCGCUGUAUAACUCCUUCAUUCCGAUAUUCCUAGAGAAUAAGGGCGCGAGCCAGGGAGACUCGUCGCUUUCAACGACUUACCGAAACUAUGCUAUCCAGGCAGUCUGUGGAAUUCCAGCGUCUAUCCUCGGUGGGUUUACCGUCGACAUGAAGCGCAUCGGCCGAAAAGGCACAGGUACCUUUGCCUGCGUUGGAACUGGCGUCUUCUUGUUUCUCUUCACCAGAGCGACAACACCAGCCGGCGUCACGGGGUUCACCUGCGCCAUCGCAUUCUUCCAGAACCUAGUGUAUGGGUUGCUGUACUCGUACACCCCCGAGCUCUUCCCGGCGCCAGUUCGAGGCUCGGCAAAUGGCCUGGUAGCCUUGUUCAACCGCAUGACCGACGAUGGAUUGCCCGGUGGUGAGGAUGUUGAUGGCACCAGUGACGAGACAGUUUGCGACGUUGCCGACGGCGAAGAUUCCAAGGGCCUGGGUACAUGCUGGGAUAUCCGCGAGAAGGUCUAA